CGCAGGUAGAUAGGCAAGAUCUCUGGUCAGACGCCCGCCCGCGUGUUUGCUGCGACUUCACGAAGGCGUGAUCUGAGAUUCACAAAGGCGUGAUGGUCCGCGGAAAGGCCGUGAUCGAGAAGAUCGAAAACCAGACAAGCCGACAGGUGACCUUCUCCAAGAGGAAGAGCAGAUUGUUCAAGAAGGGCAAGGAACUGGGCGUUCUCUGUGAUGCCCAGGUAGGGAUCUUCAUCUUCUCCAACACCGGACGCCUCUAUGAGUACUCCAAUUCCGGAAUGAAACCCUUAAUUGAAAGAUACCAGGCUGUUAAAGAUGGUCAAAAACUCCUAAGUGCAAGUGCUGAAGCUAAGUUUUGGCAAGCGGAAAGUGCUCGCCUGGAGCAGCAACUACGUACCUUGCAAGAGAAUCAUCGGCAGUUGCUAGGACAACAUCUAUCUGGUUUAUCUUUUGAAGACUUGAAGCAUUUACAAAAUCAUCUAGAAACGAGCUUGUAUAACAUUCAACUAACUAAGGACAAAUUUAUUGGCGAUGAAAUGCAAGAGUUAAACAUGAAUGAAAGCCUCAUGCGUCAGGAAAAUAUAGAGCUACAUAGGAAAUUAAACAUCGUUCAUCAAGAGAAUACGGAAUUACAAAACAAGUUAACAUUCAAAGCUCGAAAAGAGUUUUUCCCAGCUGAGAUGUUAAAUGAUCAAGGAGCAGUGAACAUGGGAAUCACAAGUCCUUUUACCAAGUGCAACAUUACUGCUCCAACGGACAAAAAUUCAGUUCGCCUGGAUUCAUGCCACGCAGAUUGGGAUGAUGAACCAGAAUCGUCCACCUUCUGGUGA